AUGGGAAAGCUGGGAGAUUCCCUGGACUUUUCUUGGCCAAGAAAGCUCCUCUCUCUCCUCCUUCUCCAGAUGUCCAUAUGGGGUUCAGAUGCAUUUGUGGUGAUUGGUCCCGCAGAGCCCAUUAUCGCUACGCUGGGUGCAGACACCGUGCUCCCCUGUCGAGUGUCUCCAGUCAUGAGUGUGGAGACCAUGGAGCUGCGCUGGUCUCGCUCCCAGUUCUCCGAGGCUGUGUACGUGUAUCGGGAUGGAAAGGAGCAGGUGGGAGAACAACUGGUGGACUUCAAAGGGAGAACGGAGUUGGUGAAAGAUUAUAUUACGGAGGGAAGAGCUGCUGUAAAAAUCUACAGCCUCCAAGUUUCAGACAAUGGCAUCUAUAAGUGUUUCUUUAAGAAGGGCAAUGACUUUGAAGAGGCCAUUUUAGAGCUGAAAGUGAUAGGUCUGGGUUCUGGUCCUCACAUACGCAUGGUGGGUCCAGAAGAAGAUGGAAUAAAAGUCACCUGUACAGGGAAGGGAUGGUUCCCCCAGCCCGAGGUACACUGGAAAGAUGAAAUUGGAAGGAGGAUCCCUUCACUCUCUGAAGAUGAGACCCCAGAUGAUGAUGGGUUGUUCCACAUGGAGGCAUCCCUCAUUGUGAGGGACAGCUCCAGGAGAACAGUGUCCUGCUCCAUGAAGAACCCUGUCUUUGGAGAAGAGCGGGUGGAAACCAUUUCUAUCCCAGAGCCCUUCUUCCCCAGGACAUCGCCUUGGAAGACACCAUUUAUUGUGACUCUCCUGAUGCUUGGGGUGUUCAUGGGUGCUGUAGGGGUUUUGAUCAGGAAACAUCAGGAAAAAAAGAGGAGAUUAUAUGAAGCUCAGAAGGAAAAAGCGGAAGAAUGCCAAACCAUAGCCAGAAGGAAGGAGCUAUAUAGUCAUGAUUGGGAAAAAGCAUAUUUAUAUGGUGAUUGGAGAAAAGAAUAUUUCAAAGCAGUGGCUGUUUCUUUGGAUCCAGAUUCGGCUCAUCCCAACCUCAAGAUAUCUGAGAACAGAAGACAUGUAUCUUGGACAGAAAAUAUUCCUCAGGACUGUGAUCCCCAAGCAUACCAAAGGCAAGGGGAAUAUGAAACCAUCCACAGUGUUUUGGGUCAGGAUCGCUUUGCAAUUGGGAGACAUUUUUGGGAAGUGGAAGUGAAUAUGGAAAGAGGAAGUAUAUCUGAAUUUAGAUGGUCUCUGGGUGUUUGCUCAGAGACAGUGAACAGAAAGGGGUGGUUUGUAGAAGAACCAGAAAAGAAUUUCUGGGUGGUGGCAUGCGUUGAAGGAGAAAUCAAAGCUCUCACUUGUCCUCCAGUGUCUUUGUCCCUAAGGAAGCAUCCCCGCAGGAUUGGACUUUUUCUGGACUUGGAUGCUGGAGAUGUAUCCUUUUACAACAUGAAUGAUGGGUCUCACAUCUACUCCUUUACUGGAAUCACCUUCUGUGGGGCCAUCUGCCCAUAUUUUAGCCUACAGGGUCCUGACACAUCUGCAACCAUUUGCUUAGCUUCAGAUCCCACUAAAGAGUGCCCUGAUUCUCCCCCAAAGACCUCUCUACCUCAUGUAACCAAUUGUGAUCCGAGUCUCUCCCAAGAAGCAAACUCUCUAUUACCUCAAUAA